UCAAAUGUCAACUGUCAUUGUCAUAUGUCAGUGGAAUUGUGAUUGUUUUGGUAUGGAUUUCUGAUAUGCAUUUUAUGUUUUUAAAACAAAUAGAUGAAUAUUCCUGAAUUAUAGGCUAACCAUUGAAGAAGUCUAGAAUGCAAAAAUGUCGAAUAUGUUUACGGCAACGCAAAAAACUUGUUUUAUUAAGCACAAAAGUCAACGGAAUUACUUUUGCCGAAAUGAUGUCUGCAAUUGCAAACGUUAAGGUUUCAAACGAAGACAGUUGUUGUGGUAUGCUAUGCCGUAACUGCCGUGUAAAAUUAAUAGAUGCAUACAAUUUCAAACUUGAAAUCGAGAGAUCUGAAAUGAUACUCCAAGAAACUUCUAAUACAAAGAGAAUUUGCUUUAGCAACAUAAGUGACAUUAAGAUUGAUAUUGAAAUAGACACUGAUUUUAAGCCAAUAUUACCUGCAAUGGAUAAUUUUUACCAGAAACUAGUUGAAACUGGGACCAAUACCCUGUCAUACAAUGAUACUUUAAUAAAAAAAAUAGAAAACCCAAUUGAAGGCUACAAUGAAAAUAAUACACUGUCAGUGGGUGAAUUUUUGAAUUCUAUUAAAAAUGAAUCUGAUAACGAUUGUGAUUAUCAGGCUUAUGAAAUAGGUGCCAAUGACUAUUACUCCGAAUCAGACAGUAACUAUAGUAAUAAUGAGGGCGAGAAAAAAAGGAAAAAAAAUAAGAAAAAGAAACAUAAUGGAUGGAAAAACAGUCCAACAGAGAGACCCAGAAAAGAUGGGCCGCAGACAGUUCUAGAAAAACCUCUCAAACCUAAAUACAUAGAGGAUUUGAGAUUAGUCAGGGCAGAACCUGAAGUGAAACCUAAAAGAAAUAGAGUUAAAAAGCCUAGAACUUCAAAACUGAAAGUUUGUCCAUAUUGUGGUAAACUAUCUAAGACUAUGGACUAUCAUAUUUUGAUUCACACAGCUGAAAGGAAGUUCAAAUGUGAUCAGUGUGGAAGCGCAUUUUUCACAUUGUCUGUGUUAAAUUCACACAUGAAGCGACACACUGCAAUUAAAAAGUUUAAAUGUGACCAAUGCAUCGCCGCUUUUGCCAAUGAGAGAGAGUUACGAAGCCACAACAUAAUGCAUCAAGAUGAAAAGAAAUAUGUGUGCAACAUUUGCAAUAAAUCAUUUAAAAGGAAACCAAUUUUAAAACGGCAUAUGAUGAUACACAAUUUUGGCAGUAAACCCAUCCAAUGCGAAUUAUGCCCUAUGACGUUUAUUACUAAGUACAAUUUACGACAUCACAUGCGCGUGCAUACUGGCGAGCGACCUUUUAAAUGCGAGAUUUGUUCGCAACCAUACAGUUACAAACAUGACUUCAAUAGACACUGUUUAAAAAAGCACGGCGUGUUUUUGAAACGAAGAUCGGUGCGUGUUAUGAAUGAAGAAGUAUUACAACAAGAGAGAGCUCUUAUGAGGGAACUGUCACUCCGAGCUCAUGGGAUUAUAAAGGAAGAUGAAGUUAAAAACCCAUUUGACGGCCCUCAAGCGGCACAGGCGUACGAACAAGCCAUGAAAGCCAUUGCAGCCAACAAAAUACCAAUUAUAUUUUGAAUAAUACCCACACUUUUAAUUGUUAUUUUUUUAUAAUGGCAACUGAUCAAAUUCAUACUUGCCUUUUAAGAUUAUGUUCGUAAACUAAGUCAAGCACGUAUUAUAUGGGAAGAUAUAGGGCUCAAACUAGACAGAUGACCCUAUAUGGCAAUUUUAUUGUUAUUGCAAUACAGAUUAAAAAUAUUUUUUAUGUUUAUAAGAAAUUUAAUUUUUUCAUGACCAUAAAUGAUAAUUUUUCACGUACAUAUGUAUAAAUAAAUGUUGAUUAGAUGUGUAA